AUGGAGAACACAGUCAUAAGACCCAAUUCAACACUCCACUCAUCCCCCUCUCCCACACCGGCGCCCUCAUUGACAGUAACAUCGACGUCGUUAUCAUCACCGCUGGCAAGUUGCCUUCGCAGUAAGGAAAAGACUGCAGCUCGUAUUGAAACAGUAGUGCAGGAGGGGCCAUGGCGUUGUAUUUGCGGUGCCCUCUGCCCUACUUCCGCGAUUUUCUUUUUACAUUCGCGCCGCUGUUUAGCAAGGCUUGAUGGUGUGCCCGAGAAACCUCCAGGAUCCGGCAGUAACGGUGGUCCCAUUGGUAUGGAUGAUGCUUCUAGGGUGCCAACAGUGCGUGGGCUAAUGCUUUCCUCGCUCCGCGCCGCGGUGAGAUCAGGCGAGCUUUACGGUGACUGCUUAUCAGCGGCCGCUGACGCGAUACAGAUUUCCUUGGCGAAAUCUGAGUCACGACAAGAACCAGAGGGUGUGAGAAGAAGGGGCGUGAAAGGAAUGAGUUUGGGCACAUUCUGGGAACUGCCGCCAGUGUUUCUUCCGGUGUCGGGGACGGCACUUCUUGCCGCGGCAUAUCGCAGAGUAGGGAAAGCGAAGAGAGUUAAUGACGCGACGGAGGCUCGGGAUAAUGACAGCUGUAACAAGGAGGAUACCUUUGCUUCUCCGCAUCCCUACUACACGGUGCUUCCUCAUGGUCUUCAGUACGCGGAGAAGUUGACAAUCACCGGCACGUAUCGUUUUCGUGCAGCGUUUGCGGAAACUAGCGAAGACGUAGACGCGAGGUUGACAAGUGGCAGCUAUGCAGUUGUGACAGGUGCCUCCCGGCCCCAGAACGAUGCGACAGAUGACCAUGUGAAGGGCCUAGCACCGCCUUCGUGGUUUCCAAAGCUGCGAUUUAACGCCAAUCACAAUGAGAUGUCCUCGUAUGUGUACAAACGUUUUUUGCCGCGGGACGAUACUCAGUGUGAGCGGGAAACUGAUGCAAAGACUUUGGAGACGGAUGACACCAGCGCGAGGAAGAAGGCUCGAAUGGAUUCAGUCUGCUUGGACACCGUCUUGCGUCGGGAGGGACGACGCAUAGCGCAUGUUCCCAUGCCCUUGCGGGAGUGGCAUUAUCCGAGGUAG